AUGAUGGAAGCUGCAGCAGCCUUACAGAAGAUGAUAAUAGGCAGGCCGGAGCAGUGGCAUGAAGGCAGUGGUGGUAUGAUGGAGGCAGCAACAGCCAUACAAAACAUGAUGGUCGACAGGCCGCAGCAGUGGCAUGAUGAUGGCAGCAACAGUGAACUCUGCCACAAAUGUCCCAUUGAUGAGUGGCCAGAUGAGAGAAACGUGAAAUGUCUUCCCAAGCCACAUGAGUUUCUGUCCUAUGAAUCUGAGCUCGCGUUACUGUUUUCUGCAUUAGUUCUGCUACUUUCUGCUGUAACAAGUCUCAUUCUAGGAUUAUUUAUUGUACACUGGGACACUCCUUUUGUAAAAGCCAAUAAUCGGACAGUGAGCAUCACUCUCCUGGUCUCCAUCUUGCUGAGUUUCCUUUGUGUCUUCUUGUUCCUUGGUCGUCCUGUGGACAUAACCUGCAUGCUAAGACAGACGUCAUUUUCAGUCUUCUUUUCCGCUGCCGUCUCCUCUGUACUCUCUAAGACUAUCACAGUCUGCAUAGCUUUUAAAGCCACCAAACCCAGUAGUCUGUGGAGAAUGUUGGUGGGACACAAACCAGCUAAUUAUGUUGUCUUGACAUUUUCAUUUAUCCAAGCUCUGAUCUGUGUUAUUUGGUUGGCCUCUUCUCCUCCAUAUCAGGAGGAUGACUUCAUGUCUUAUCCUGGGAAGAUCAUCAUUCAGUGUAAUGAAGGUUCGGUCACUGCGUUCUACUCUGUGUUGGGCUACAUGGGAUUUCUGUCAUCUGUCAGUUUUGUUCUGGCCUUCAUGGUGAGGACAUUACCGGACAGUUUUAAUGAGGCCAAGUACAUCACCUUCAGCAUGCUGGUGUUCUGCAGUGUCUGGAUUGCCAUGAUCCCGGCUUAUCUGAGCACAAGAGGGAAAUAUGUGGUGGCUGUGGAGAUAUUCGCUAUCUUAACUUCUAGCGCGGGAAUAUUAUUCUGUAUAUUUUUUCCUAAAUGUUACAUAAUGCUCCUAAAGCCUGAAUUAAACAUUAAAAUAAGACAACAAAGGUUAUAG